AUGACUGCAUUGGAUGACCUACCUGAUGUGGAUACGUUUUUUGGACUCGAUUUGAGAACCGGGUCAUUUAUAAUCGCUGUACUUGGUAUUGUGCACCCCAUGGCGUUUGGAUGCUCUAUUUUUAUGCCUCUGAGCUAUCUGCUCGUUACAAUUUGGAUUCUAGUCGCUUUGUUUUUUGCUGCAAGUAUAGCUUUGUUUUGUGGUCUCAGAACGAAUGAUGUCCUCCUUUGCACCAUUUGGAUUUGGUACGCUGUGAUAUUUGUGGUGCUAAUGUUGAUGAUGAUGAUUCUUCUGACUUUGGUCUACACCUCACGAAGACAAAGAAUCAGAGUUUUUGUCGUAAUUUUAGGAAUGCUGUGGUAUAUUUUAUCGAUUUACUUCAUCCUCGUUGUCAACAGUUAUAGAAAACAGCUGGUGAAAGGUCACAGCUUAGACGAAAAAAUUACUGAUAAAAUAUAG